AUGGCAACGGCCCAGAAGCAACGGAAUUCCUUGAGUGCAGUGAUAUUCCCUAACAAGAUAUCCACGGAGCAGCAAUCGCUAGUAUUAGUGAAGAGACUGCUGGCAAUAUCCGUAUCCUGCAUUACUUAUCUAAGAGGGAUCUUUCCAGAAUAUGCAUAUGGAACAAGAUAUCUAGAUGAUCUCUGUGUGAAAAUACUGAAGGAAGACAAAAACUGUCCAAGCGCUGGUCAGCUAGUGAAAUGGAUGUUAGGAUGCUACGAUGCACUGCAGAAAAGAUAUCUCAGGUUGGUCGUCUUAGCGGUCUACACCAAUCAGGAGGACCCUCAGACCAUUACAGAAUGCUACCAGUUUAAGUUCAAAUACACUGACAAAGGACCAGAGAUGGAUUUCGUAAGUAAACAUCAGGGUGGCAAUUCCAGCAUCACAUGUGCGGAUACAAAGAAAGCCAGCAUCCUGCUGCUAAGGAAGAUUUAUGUUCUGAUGCAAAAUCUGGGCCCUCUGCCCGAUGAUGUCUGUAUGACAAUGAAACUCUUCUAUUAUGAUGAAGUUACCCCGCCUGACUAUCAGCCGCCUGGUUUCAAAGAAGGCGACUGCGAAGAGAUGGUGUUCGAGGGAGAGCCUAUAUAUCUAAACGUGGGCGAGGUCCCCACGCCUUUUCAUAUGCUGAAAGUUAAAAUGACAACAGAGAGAGACCGGAUGGAGCACGUGGACAGGGCCAUACUGAAGCAAGGCGAUGUUUCGACGCCCCCGAAGGCACAGCAACCUGACGAAGGGCAGAGCCAGGACAUGGAUGAGGAUUUUAUUACAGAAAAGAAAACGAGGAAGCAGAAAAAUGCAACGGAGGCUGUGGACCUCAGAGAGCUAAAUUUAACAUGUGAAGAAGACGAAAUUAUGAAGAUAGAAGAAAGCCAAAAUUUGUCCAUCGAUAAUUCUCAGGUAGAACAUCUAGUAAACAGUACUUCAGAACUAGAAGUCUCCGAGGGCAAGACUCGAAGCGGAAGGAGAUUUCAACGCACCAAAGGUGGCGUGGAAAAGGGCAAAGCCCAGUUAGCACCAACAGGUCCCAACGAAAUACAGAAGAGGCACAGUUUGGGAUCGAGCAAGCCAACCUAUAGUAGCUACUUUUUCGGGACUUCGGGUGUGCUGUACUUUUGUGGCUCAUCGGAAGCUUUAGAAGGAAAGAGAGAGCCGAAUUCCUCGCGGCUGACACAAGAGUUUGCCACGGGCGAAGACCGUGUUUACAGCGAACACCUGUGA